UCUUGUUUACAUUCUUUGACGGGUCCAGCUAGCUGGCGAACAUAAACGCUAGCAGUUCUUUAAAAAUGACGGGUAAUAGUUGAUUAAUUGUGUGUAUUUAUAACCGCUUUCUUCCGUAUAACCAUCGGUUGUCUUGCGGAUCAUGGGUUUAGCUCAAAGUGGGUGUUGUCGGUGGGUAACAUUAGUGCUCCUCCUUCUGCUGCGGUGUCCGGGGCUGCUGGUCGCCGCGGAGCAGGUCGCUGUGGUGGAGGUAUUCCUGGAGCAGCAGUCCGGGGUCAGCGCUUUGCUCGAGGGGGAGGUGGUAGAGUCCAGCGGGGGUAGCAGGAGCUCUGAGCACCGGGAUGAGGACCAAGAGGAGCUGGAGGGAGAGCUGGUUCUGGUCCAGGAUGAGGAGAUGCAGGUGAGUGGAGGAAAAGAUGAGGAUGACACCAAAGAGCCUGAGCCAUGGAUAGGGUUGGUACCUGUGAAGAUGGAUGACAGCAAAGCAUCCACAGGAAACCAAGAGUCCUUUGCUGAUGCGAUGGUCAAUAAAAUGAAGCGAGCCUUGGUCCUUGGCGCUUCUGCUCUCAUCAUUCUGGCUCUCAACCAAAAUACAGUCAGUGAGAUGGAUUUGUCUCAGGUGCUGUCUAAGCCCAUCAUUGUGAUCCAGACUUCUGAAAAUGUCACAAAGCUGAUCGGAGCUCUGCUCAGAGGUCUUCAAGCGACAGCAAAAAUCACCUACAAGACCAUCCUGCAGGACAACCUGGGAGCAACGCUCACGCUGUGGUCCAGCUGCGGGCGAUCGAGAGGAGGACGCUACGGAGAGUGGCAGGGGGUCAUCUGCACAGGGGAGACCAACUCCCAGGUCCAGAAGUACCUGCAGCAGCUGUGGGACACAGUCCUUCUGGUAGCUCUGAUCCUCAGCACCGGAGUCAUCGUUCAAGCUCGCUGGCAGUACCAGGACCAGCAGCUCCACGACGAUUUACAGCUCCUCCCUAAACAGGAUAUCCUAAAGAGAAUGUCAUCUUUAAAGACUAAAACUUACCAUCAGCCUAAACGGUGGUGUGACCCAACUCAGCCGGCAGAGACUGAUAACUGUGCAGUGUGUCUGGAGCCGUUUAACAACAACCAGUGUCUGCGAGUGCUGCCGUGUCUACAUGAGUACCACAGAGAGUGUGUGGACCCCUGGCUGCUGCUGCAGCACACCUGCCCUCUGUGCAAACGCAGCAUCCUCAGCAGCAUCUGCAAAGACAGUUAACGAUCACCCAACCAAGGACUAAUCGCAGCAGCAACAACAGCUCUGGUCUCAUCUCCUCCUUGGUGUCACUCCAGUAGCCUUUUUUAACUGACCUCAGCAAUGGACUCUGGGAGCAAAUACAAACUUCUCAGCUGCUGCUUUGUUUGGAUCGUGGAUCAGUGAGUCUGGUUUUGGUGUCUGACCGCCGGUUACAGACACUCAGUGGUAGUAUAAAAUACAUGACAAUAAAGUACUAUAGUGGUACUGUUGUGUGUGAACAGUACUUCUCCCUGGGAUCAUGUUACUGUAGUAAUGUAGAUGUAUGUGUUCGUCUGGUUGAUUUACAGCGGUGAAGAUGUGACUUAUGAGGGUGUUUGUGCUCAAUGUGACUCCUCAAACAAAACCUUGAGUUCUGAGUUUGUAUAGACAGCAGAGCUACAACAGGUUUGGCUUUAAUUGGUUCUCUUUAGUAACCCUGACUCAGGGUUAUUGACUCAGUGAUUCAGUAUUUGCAUCAGUUGCUUGUGCAUGUACAUUUAAAGCUUUAUGGUUUUUAACAUGGUAGAUGAAGAUGCCAGUUUAAAUGUCACUUUAGGUCCAAAUGAUGUCAAAAACUCAAAGUGGACUAACAGAGUUAAAACAUAACUGAUCUGGUGUCCAGCUCGUACUUUACUACUUUAUUUCAAUCGUUACAGGCUGUGGUUGUCCAGAAGUAAGUAAGCUAAAACCAGAGCAGUUGGUGAAGCAGUGUUUGCACUCGUCUUUGGUAUGCCUUAUGACUAAACUAGAGUGACAAAAAGACGACAAAAACUCCGUGAUUUACACUUGAAACUUGAACCAUAUAUGUUACAGUUAAAGUAGCAGUUGUACUUGCAUUGUAAUCAAUCCAGUUGUUUAACAGGUAGACUGGUUUAACAUCUAUGUAUAACCUGUUGCCAAAGCUCAGUUUGAUUCUUACCUUUUCUUUUCAUGUUUUUAGCUGUAUUCUUCCAUUUGUGAAAACCCUGAACUAGCUAGCAAAGAGAGAGAAGCAGGGAAGUAGACAGUCUGGAGAAUGUUAUGUUGGAGGGCUUCAUUCAGAAUGUUAAGGCCUCAUCAUAGACCCCCCUGUGUGUGCAAUGCCCUAGGCCAGUGGUUACCAACCUUUUUUCCUUAUUCUGCCCCUACUCAUGUUUAAGUAAUACCCAUUUAGGAAGACUGAACAUCAGUUUUAAAUGUUUUCAUUGAGACUAAUCCAAAAUAAUAGGCCUAUGCUCACUUGUUCUUGACAAAAGAUCUAUGUAUAAACUUGCCAUUAUCGUGACACAGUACUAGGGUCACUUAAGAAUAAAUAAAGAGGAUCUGGUGAUUUUUAGGAAAUAAAAAUUCUCAAGUUUUAAGUAUUAAUUUUUGUGUUUUUUUUUUACCUAAAAUGAAGUAAAAUUAUAUGAACCAAAACUUAUUUUUUUAAUUAUAAAGUUGAAAAGCUAAAAGUCAAACCACUGUUUUCCAUUUGGUUUCUUUUAAAUUUUUGACUUUACUCUGUUGUAAAAAUAUGAUGCCAGAAACUUAACAUUGGAUGAGAAAUUAUGAGAUUCUAAUGUCAAAAUUUGAGUCUUUUUUAAAUUUUGAGUUUUACUGUAAAUUUAUGACUUUUUAAAUUCUGAAAAUCUGAGUUUGUUUUCUUGUGAAUAUACAACUCUAUAAUCUCAAAUACUUCUGAUUUCCUCCCCCUAAAACAGUUCCUUUUUUGCAAAAAUUAACAGAUCCUCCUUACUUUUUAAUAUUCUUGGGUGGCACUGGCCCUAGCACAUCGUCAUUAUGUCUCAAAUCAGAGUUUUUUUUUUUAUAAAUACAAGCACAUUGAAUUUUAGCACCAUCAGAGCAGACAGCGUCCUGCUCCCCCCUGAGAUCUUUGGUGUCCCCCUAGGGCUACCCAGACCCCAUGUUGGUAACCACUGCCUAGGCAAUUACCUAUACUUGAUGGUACAUUUGUAUAUAUUUGAUUUAAACUGAAAUUUUCAAACUUCCCAAUACUGGUAUUUAAAUUUACAGUUACCAGUAAUAUUGUGCAUCCGGAGUAGUCCAACUAUUUGCACCCACAACACAAUACAAAAACACACCAUCAUUGUCUGCAGCAGGGAUGGCUUUCUAAAAAUAGCAUUUGCAUAAUUUCAAUGCUAUUUUUUCCAAUUAAAGGAAGAAUUUAAGAGCAAUUUAGAAAAACAACAUACUGACUUUUUUGUCAAGGGAAGACGUAAUGCAAGUGUCUACAUAGAAAAUAUAAAGCUAGACUGGGCUUAUGCUGAACAAUACGUUCUUUAGUUUCUAGCCUGGCUCACUCAAAAGAACACAAUGUGUGCCAAAAAAAGACAAGUUGUGGUUUUAAGGGAGAUUUUUUUUAAACCAUUUCUUCAAAGAAAUUGCUGGACCAGCAGCUCUGCCUACAUGGACAGAAAACUCCACCUUCUCUUUCUGAAACACAUUUAUGAUUACAAAAAUUAGAAUAAACAUGCUGAGGUACUGCUAUGCACACCUUUAGAAGCAACUAGGCUCUGUGGUUCAGCCCACUUUUAAACUUUAUUCUACAUCAUAGCUUCAUACUCUUUCCAAGUGUUAGUCUUUUUUUCUUUAUAACUCUCCCAACUUUUUCAAAUUUUUUGUAUGCAAAAGUUUAACUCUGACAUAAAAAAGAAAAAUUACAUACGUGUGAAAUAAAAG